AAAUCUUUUGGGAACAACAAACUAAACAAAAUAUCAUAUACCCUGUUUCGCAUGAAUACCUACAUUUCUAUUAAUUCAGUUAAUCGAGCAAUUAAGGGGUAUCUUUGAGGAAUAUAUCAAGUCUUUGAGCCGUAUCACCAGAUUCAAUCACACCUAAGACAUCAUGGGGAAGAAGAGGCGUAAAAAUAAAGGUAAAAAAAGGACAUCUAGCAAAAAUGCACCCAACGAAAAUACAUCCAACGAAAACACACCUAGCGAAAACACACCCAAUGAAAGCACACCUAAUGAAAAUAUAUCCACCGGAAAUACCUCCGAUGAAAACGAACCUAAAGAAAACGAACCUGAUGAAAAGACGUCCGAUGAAAGCACAUCCAAUAGAAAGGACCCUCUUAAGAUCCAGGAAUAUUUAGCGCUCGUCAACGACAAAAUAGCCGAAUUAUCCAUAGAGGAAUAUUUAAAAAAACCACAACCCAAUGGAUUCAACAACAGAUGGAACCUUACCCUUAAAUGGGGAUUUUGUGCCGCUGAAUUCUGUUUAGAGCGCGAUGGAUUAUUGGUGUGCAACGAUUGCAAAGCCGCUGCCUACUGCUGCAGGGACCAUCAAAUCAAAGACUAUCCCCUUCACAAGGGGUAUUGCUCCCCCGUAAGAGAUGCACUAAAGCUCCUGGCCGAGGAGGAGGAAAAGCUACGGGCACAUCCGGGCGAUGAACACUUACCUGCCAACCCCUUUGAGACGGUCCGGGGUCGAUUCUCAUCAUAUGACGCUACAUCCCCCUACUUAGAUCAGCGUUGUAGGGUCUUAAGUUCGUUAACGGAUAUUUGCGACGGAAGAGACCAAGAUGCUUACGACUUUACGAAAUGGUACAUCCUCCCUUACCAGGAGGGCUUUGAAUGGUCAAAUUUUUCCGGUCAAUUUCUUAGCUACGACGACGAGGACGUACUCGAGAGCGCCAACAUCUUUCUCGAUAACCCGAUCCUUCUAAGCAACCUUAUCGGCAUCACGCAGCUAAAACUCAGACUGCUUUUAGAUAUUCGUAUGUUAGAGCGUGAAGCCAAGAAACACGGUAGCCCCGCCAGUUACGAGACAAAGAUGGAGUGGGUGCGUAAAAAUGCUGUCAGCGAUAUACUCUACAGACGACGAGACAUUGUGGAGCGGGAUGAUUGGAGUGGCAUCAAGAAAUCCCUGAGUGCGCAGCUCGCCCAGUUAUAUGAGAGAGUUAAAAAACGCAACUCACACUACUGGCUCUUCCUGAAGGACGCUGAGAAAUUUAUUACUGACAUUCCCGUAGAUGAGUUUGAGCCAGGCUCAACGGAAGAGGUCGCCGUCUUAUAUACGCUGACGUGGAGGUCGUGGUUUGAGUGCCCUCCUGCCCUUACUGCAAUGCGUGUAUUUGCUGCUUUAUGCGCCGACCGUUAG